GCUACAUGCCAAGGUACAGGCCUAAGCCGGUCUCUCUUUACCAAACACUCAAAGUUACAUAAAGUUCAGAUUCCCUCAUCACCACGUCCCUACAUCAGCACUUAACCUUUUCUUAACACAUUCGCGUGGCGCAGGUCGAUAUCUAUCAGCACCUGCGAAGACAUCCAACGAACGCUUCUUGCAUACACGUCCUACUUCCGCGAACGACUUCCUACCGCGCGCGCUCCAUUGCGUUAAAGCGUGUUGCUUACCCCUGUCACACCUAACGACGUCACACAUUAUCGAACUCACAUCAUGAGAUUCCUACAACUCUUUGCCUACGGCUUCCUUGCCACAUCGUUCGCAAAUGCUGCAUCGCUACCAGAGAGCAAUGCACUCAGCAUUCUCGCGGAACACGGUGGUAGCGUACCUAGGUCCGAAAACAUAAUAGCACAAGAGAAUGCGCUUGAGAAGCGCAAAGGUGGAGGUGGCAAAGGCGGUGGUGGCGGUGGCGGCGGCGGCGGCGGCGGCAAAGGAGGAGGAGGGGGUGGUGGAGGAGGAGGAGGAGCUCGCACCCAGCCCAACUCCAAUGUCGGCGGAUCAACGAAACUAGGAUCGGGACCACCUCGCGCAUACGGAGGAGGAUACUACGGAGGGGGAGCCAGUGUACCAUACAAGGCUGGUGGAACUUCCAACAAAGGUCUCAGCGCUUCACCCGCGAUCGUGCCUGUUGCGGCCCUGGCUAUCUUCCCUGGUAUCUGGCUCUGGAGCGUCUACCCGUACCACUUGAACUCAUACCGAUUCUACAACUCGAGUCGCCACAAUCGCACGGAGAACCAGAAUGAGCGUCGACAAGAGCAGCAGGGUCAAAACGAAACCCUCCCCGUCACCUGUCUGUGUGAAGAGUUUAUGUCAUGUGGGUGCGAGCAGAAUGAUGACCCAUCAUACAUCAACGACCUUGUCGGAAAUGGCAGCUAUGAUGCCCUAAACAAGACGCUCGUCAACGUUGCAGACGUCAACGGAACCAAGACCCUUGUUUUGAACGGAUCGCUCCCCAAUGGAACGACCGCACCUGGAGGAGAGGACGACGCCGCUGGCAACCUUCGGAUCCCCCAUUACUCCGGCUAUGUCGCCAUGGUCAUGACCGUUGUCUACAUGGUAGUUUUCUUGUAGACCAACCCCUCAAUGUCCAAUUAUUUGGCAUACACAUACGUCUCUUCUAGCGCACGCGGCAUCCCUUGGUCUCUGCUAGCAUACCUAGAAGUGUGGUUCUUCCAGACUUAUUCUUAUUUCGUACGGCUCAUGACAUUGGUGUUACACUAUGGCGUCCAUGUAACUGGGCUUGCUUAACGGGAGGUUUUCUUUUUUUUGUUUCUCGGUAUACCCCCCAGUUUUGGCCAUUCACUUCACUAUGAUCAGUACAUAGUUCGUCAUAGUUAGCUUUUCGGAGUAUCAUGCCCGAACUCUAUUCUGCUCUUCAACUGUUGGUAGAACAUUAAAUCUAUUUACAUCAUCUUAUACAUAAACAUUGUAACUGAUUUGCUAAAAGUGGAGCAUUCUAAAUAUAUCCAAUUUUCAUAUCACG